AUGACUCAGGCUAACGAUGAUGCUAGUCCAUUGGUGGUGACAGGUCAGUUAUCUAUAAAUGGUUGUUCCUAUACUGUACUGUUUAAUUCGGGAGCUACUCAUUCUUAUGUGUCGAGCAGAGUAAUUGAAAGUUUCCAUAAACCAUGUGAUAUUUAUGCAUCGGGGUUCGAUACCCUGCUACCUUCGGGAGACCUUAUUGUGUCCAAUAGGUGGAUUCAGUCCUUGUCCUUUUGGAUUGACGAUUGUGAAUUGACCGCUAAUCUAAUAGAAUUUCAACUAUCUGAUUUUGACAUAAUCCUUAGAAUGGAUUUUCUGUCUAAGUAUGGUGCAACGAUCGACUGCAAGCGGAAGAUGGUGGUGUUUGAGCCCAAUAGUGCUAACCCAACAGUGUUUGUGGGUAAAGUUCAAGGGACACGCACACCAUGA